AUGGCCGCUGCCAUGAACGGAAUCGAGCGGUUAACGAGUCACCAAGAGGAAAAGCAUUUGCCCGGAGGCUGGGUAGUGCUCAAGUUCGGGGGCACAAGCGUCGGCAAGUUUGCGGAGAAUAUUGCCGAGAUUGUACAAGCUGGCCUCGCUGGGAACAAACGGAUUGCCGUGGUAUGCUCUGCUAGAAGCAACAACACCAAGCUUGAGGGCACCACGAACCGCCUCCUCCGUGCAGCUCGCGAGGCCGAGAAGAAGUCCACCAGCAACUAUGGCCCGAUUGUCGACGCGAUUCUCAACGACCAUGUUGCAGCCGGCGCCGAUACUUUUGGCUCCCCGGAAAUACUUGCUGAAUAUACUGCGGGUGUAAAAGCUGAAUGUGAGAAUUUGACCAGGAUCUUGGAGUCAGCCCACCACUUGGAGGAGGUCAGCGUGAGAGUCGAAGACAAGAUUAUCAGCAAAGGAGAAAAACUGAGCUGCCGCUAUAUGGCUGCCCUAUUGCAGGCCCGCGGAGUCAAUGCACAAUAUGUGGACAUGUCUGAGGUGCUCUAUACCCCUACACCCAAGGGACUCAACGAGAAGUUCUACUCUGAUCUAGCCGCAAGUCUCGCGCAGGAAGUCUUUGCGUGCGGAGAAAAGAUACCUGUCAUCACAGGUUUCUUUGGAAAUGUGCCUGGAGGACUAUUGAAUGUCAUCGGACGUGGCUAUACGGAUCUUUGUGCCGCGCUCGUUGCGAUCGGCAUUCAGGCAGAAGAGCUGCAGAUCUGGAAGGAAGUGGAUGGUAUCUUCACCGCCGAUCCACGCAAGGUACCAACUGCUCGUCUGAUUGACUCCGUGACUCCGUCUGAGGCUGCCGAAUUGACCUUCUAUGGCUCGGAAGUCAUUCACCCUUUUACCAUGGAGCAGGUAAUCCGCGCUCGCAUUCCAAUCCGGAUCAAGAACGUUAUCAAUCCUCGAAGUGCCGGAACUAUCAUCUUCCCAGAUGCAAUCUCCGAGGUUGAAAAGAGCAUCCCCGGGACUCCAGUGCCCGAGGCUCGUAUGAUUAGAAGCCGUUCCAGCACGCUCCUGUCCAGUGUUUCUUUCGGCAAGCCAAAGCGUCCAACCGCUGUGACCAUUAAACAUCACAUAGUUGUUCUCAACGUGCAUUCUAACAAGCGUACACGUGCCCAUGGGUUCUUGAUGAACAUCUUUUCUAUCCUUGACCGCUGGCACCUUAGUGUAGACCUUAUCUCCUCGUCUGAGGUGCACGUGUCCAUGGCAAUCCAUUCCGAAGCAGCUCUGCUAGCAGGCGGGGGCGAGGAUGAAUGGAGUAUUGCCCAUGCUGACCUUCGUGGAGCAGUCGAGGACUUGGGGGAAGUCGGCACUAUCGAUAUCGUACCCGACAUGGCCAUUGUCAGUCUCGUUGGGAAGCAGUUGAAGAACAUGGUUGGUAUCAGUGGCAAGUUCUUCAGUGUCCUGGGUGACAAUAACAUCAAUAUCGAGAUGAUCUCGCAGGGCAAGUCCACACCUCAUCGGGCGAGCGAGAUCAACAUAUCAUGCGUCAUCGAGGAGCGCGACGCCGACCGCGCUCUCAACGUUGUACAUACGAAUCUCUUUACAUUUCUGGAGUAA